AUGAAGCUCAGCACGUCUUCUCUGCUCCUCAUCUCGGCAGCUCUGCUCGCCACCUCCCGCACGUCGGCCUCGCCGCUCGCAUUCAACGCCGACGACGACACCAUCUCGGUGCCCAUCCAGGUGCCCUUCUCCACCACUCCUCGCGUGCUCACCUUCCCCAACUGGUUCUCCUCCUCUUCGGCGGACGACGAUGACGAUGACCCGUGCCCGCGUCUGCCCGUCCAGUGCGUCAAGGACGGCGAGAUCAUCGGCGACCUUGGCGACCAGGACUUCUGCCGUCAAGGCCUGACCUGCAAGAUGUGCCACCCCAAGAAGAAGUCUCUUGACUGCAACACAAAGUACAUCAAGGAGUGCGCCACCAAGUGCGAAGCUCGCGGACCGCUCGGCGGCAAGCAGGCCCAGAUUGAACACCAGCUCGACCAGAUCAAGUCUCAGAUCGGCGGCAUGUUCGCCGGCGACGAAGACGAUAUCUGCCCAGACCUCAAGGUGUCGUGCAAGAACGCAGACGGAAAGACUGUCGGCGACAUCGGCAAGAAGCCCUUCUGCAGGGACGGCGUGACGUGCGGACAGUGCCACCAGACCGAGAACUCGGUCGAGUGCAACGCCAAGUUUAUCGGGGACUGCAAGGCGCAGUGCGAGGCCACCGGCCCGUUGGGCGGAAAGAGCGUCUUCAUCCACCUCUUCUGA